GUCCAGAAACUCAAGGUACCAAUAUUGAUAUUGCACGCGGAGGAUGAUUGGAAUCUCUCUCACACCCACUCUGACGCUUUAUUUGAUGCUCUCCUGGAACCAUAUCUCCCUCCUGUCUACUCUACACCAGCAAGCCAAGAGUUGUGGUCGACACAGCAGUGGAGUUAG